ACUUUGAGACACGGAGACUGUUUGUGUGACACCUCCUCCAGCUCCCGUCCCCUUUCCGUCGCGUGGGUGCCAUGGCAACGGAGAGAGACGGCAACCUGGGUUCCGGAAGUCUGAGAGCUGGAGCUUUGAAGCCACACGGGUCAAAGGAUGCUGAGUCCGGAGCGCCUAGCUCUACCGGACUACGAGUAUCUGGCUCAGCGACAUGUCCUCACCUACAUGGAGGAUGCAGUGUGCCAGCUGCUAGAGAACAGAGAAGAUAUUAGCCAAUAUGGAAUUGCCAGGUUCUUCACUGAAUAUUUUAACAGUGUAUGCCAGGGAACACACAUUCUCUUUCGAGAAUUCAGCUUCGUCCAAGCCACCCCCCACAAUAGGGUAUCAUUUUUACGAGCCUUCUGGAGAUGCUUCCGAACUGUGGGCAAAAAUGGCGAUUUGCUGACCAUGAAAGAAUAUCACUGUUUGCUGCAAUUACUGUGUCCUGAUUUCCCGCUGGAGCUGACUCAGAAAGCAGCCAGGAUUGUGCUCAUGGACGACGCCGUGGACUGCUUGAUGUCUUUUUCAGAUUUCCUCUUUGCCUUCCAGAUCCAGUUUUACUACUCAGAAUUCCUGGACAGCGUGGCUGCCAUCUACGAGGAUCUGCUGUCGGGCAAGAACCCCAACACGGUGAUUGUGCCAACGUCAUCCAGUGGGCAGCACCGCCAACGACCUGCCUUGGGCGAGGCCGGCAUGCUGGAGGGCGUGGAGGCGUCGCUGUUCUACCAGUGUCUGGAAAACCUGUGUGACCGGCACAAGUACAGCUGCCCACCCCCAGCACUUGUCAAAGAAGCCCUCAGCAACGUUCAGAGACUGACCUUCUAUGGGUUCCUCAUGGCCCUCUCAAAGCACCAUGGGAUCAACCAAGCCCUGGGAGCUUUGCCUGACAAGGGGGAUCUGAUGCACGACGCAGCAAUGGACGAGGAGCUGGAACGGCUGCUUCUUCCCUUCUUCAGGCUGGCCCAGGUCCCGGGCCUGGUCAACUCGGUCACAGCCAGUCCAGAAGCCAGUUGCCUGCCUUCCCGGACCCCUCCCCGGGUCGGCUCCCCCUGGAGACCUCUCCAUCAUUCCCGAAAAGUGGAUGGAGAGAGCGAUGGCUCCACUGAAGAGACAGACGAAUCGGAGACUUGAGGAGUCCGAAGGGUCCUGCCCACAGCGCCCUAUACCUGCUCCCACCCAGCCCUUGGCGUGCCCACCCAGCCUCCUCUCCAGCACCUUGCUGUGCUGCCCUCUGCUGCUGACAAGGCGAAUAACAGCCCCAAGAGCAGCCAGAGGGGCGCUGAUGAUCAGCCCAGCCAGUGGCCCCGGAAGGGAAUGGCCUGCUCUCCCUGGCCCUGUCAGCCUGCGAACUUCACUCAGGCCCCAAGCUGACAACCUGUGCUGAAGCCACUGUAUCACUAGGAAGGGGACUUGGCCGUAGCCUGUUAGUCCUCCUAACCUCUUAAGAAGAGCGGUCUCUUCUGAGCCAAUCUCUGCUGGUCCCCUGUUAAGGUUCAUCUCCUCACAGCAACUCCAUUAAGGGGGAGAACCCGAAUAGCCACGCAGGGCCUUGCCCCAUCAAGGGUGACACCUGCGACGCAAGUACCAGGAGGACAUAACCGCUGUGGCCUUCUGUUGGAGAACAGCCAGUAGCCUUGGUAGGAUGGAGAAGGGUGGGCCAGAUGAUUUCACUUGCAAAAACUGCUUCAAGUCUUGACCCCUUUGUGUCUAAUAGCUAAACAUGUGAAAUAAAGUCCCUCGUGUCUGGUAA